AUGUUAGCCGCGUGGUGCACCGAAGAAAACGACGACAAUCUCACAGCAGGUGUUAUAAGAGUGACAUCAAUGCUGUUCGUCACCGUGGUGGGCACUGUGUCUAUGAGCAUCUUGGCGUUGCUGCUCUGCCUGUUGUACGCAGGACUCGCGAUGACUGCGUUCAUCGCCAACAUUGUUAAGAGUCCUGCAGUGCAACGGGCAUGGAGAAGACGUGUGCCAGGGGCCGCCGUUUUGGCAGACGGGGAAAUAGCGUCGCGUUGCGUGUCCAUCGGGAUGGAUACCGCAAGACUGGCGACUGCGACGCUAGCCUUUGUUAUUUGGCUCAUCGCUAACUCUAUCGGCACCGUUAUGUUUGUGGCAGUGGAGUUGAUCGGACCCUCCAGCCGACCCGAAGAGCAGACGCCGCUUAAGUCUGCCGCUGGAGGUCCGAUCGUCAUAGACACCACGUUUGCGGACGUCGCGGUCGCUCUGAUACCGGGCAGUUCCGUCUGCACAGAAAACGAUACACACGUUGGCACGGCGUCAGCAGCGCGGGUCGAUACCACACCAAUAACUUAUAAAUAUUGGAAGAAGAGACAUGCGUUGUUUUCUAAGUUCGACCAAGGCAUUUUGUUGGACGAGGAGAGCUUUUACUCGGUCUGUCCCGAGUCACUUAGCUUGUAUAUGGCGGAAAAGUGUGGCCGAGUAAAAGUGGCUGUGGACCCGUUUUGCGGCGCCGGCGGAAACGUAAUUCAGCUUGCCCGACUGUUCGACAAAGUCAUUGCAGUAGAUAUUGACGCCGACAAAAUAGUAAUGGCCAAGGAAAAUGCCGCUAUUUAUGGCGUACUGGAUAAGAUCGAAUUUGUUGUCGGAGAUUUCUUCAAAUUGGCUAAUCAGAUAAAGGGUGAUGUUAUAGUCACAUCGCCGCCAUGGGGAGGUCCAGAAUACAACAAACUGGAUGUUAUCGGGCCGUUAGCUUUGUGCAUGGAUAAGAUUCUGGAAGUAGGGAAAACGAUUGCCCCAAAAAUACUGUUACACCUUCCCAAAAACCUUGAUAAAAAUGAGUGUUGGAAAAUGUGCAACGGAGUUGGGGCCAGCCUUAGAAAAAUUGAAAAUGUGUUUAUAAACAGAUACCUCAACUCAACGUUGCUGUAUGUCCGGUCCAAUAAUGUAAGUUAUAAGUCAUUGUCUAUUUAA